UUUUUUUAAUUUCUUUAUACUCAAUAUAUGCUCAAUCUCAAAUUUUCGGGUCCAAAAUCAUAUUAUGCUUAGAUCAUAUUCUGCCACUUAUUUCAUUCUCCACUUGUAGCAAAUUCUUCACUUAUCACCAUCUCAUCAUGAUUCAUGAACCUGUUGUAACUUGAUUUCAAUUUUCAAAUGUUCUGAAAAUUACAAAGAAAGAAAAAAACUUGAGAGAUUGAUCAUCUAUGGGUACCAAAAACCUUGUUAUGCUGAAAACUCACAUUAAAUUAUGUUUUCCUAAUGAUUUUGUCUAUGAAAAUUUGAUUUGGGCAUUGGCUUCUACAUGGAUUUUCUUAUGCAACUAUGUGGUUCAUUCCAUGGGGUUGAUUCUCACAUACAUAUUCAGAUAUCAAAAGAAAAAUGAGCAAGUUGUUCCAUUUGAUUUAGUUGAACAAAAUAUGAGGGAUCAAUUUGAAGAUUAUGAGAUUGAUGAGUUCACUGAAGAGGUAGCUAAUUUGAUAUUUCCAAGCUAUGAAGAUUUUCAUAUAGAAAGUGAAGAAAGAGAGGAAGAAACAGAGUACUCUGUUUUGGUGGAGAGUGAUUGUGAUAAUCAACAAGAUGAUGAGAAAGGAAAGGGUGAAAAAGAUUGCAGUGUUUUUAAUGAAGAUGGUGAUAAUAGUGAAGAAGAAACAAAAGGGUCAUUUUUUAUACAUAGUUUCACUCAUGAUGUUAAGAAAGUAGAUGAAUAUGAAACAGAGUGCUCUGUUUUUAUAAAGGGUGAUUCCUAUCUUGAUCAAGAUGGUAGAAAGAGUUUGAAAACAAUUCAUGAAGAAGAAGAAGAAUAUGAAGAAGAAGAAUUAAAAGAUUCAGUUUUCAUGGAAGAAGAAUUUGAAAAAAAAGAUUUUGGUGAUUUGGAAGAAGAACCUAUGAUCUUAAGCUUUUCUUUCCUAAGAAAUGAUGCACUUUCUAGCGUUGAAAAUAUAAAGGGUUCUUUGGUAGAUGAAAAUGAAGCAGAGUGCUCUGUUUUUAUAAAGGGUGAUUCCGAUUUUCAUCUCGAUGGUAGAAAGAGUGUAGAAAAUGUUGAAGAAGAAGAAGAAACAAAAGGGUUUAAUUCUACAACAAGUAAGUGUUCAUUAGUUCAAUACAAAGAUAUUAGUGUUUUUGAUGAAGAACCUAUGUUCUUAAGCUUUAGUUUCCUAAGAAAUGUUACUUAUGAUAAUGAAUUAUCAAGCAUUGGAAAUAUUGAGAAGAAGGAACUAUUAGAGCAUAAUUUAGAGGAGUUUCAUGUUUUUCAAGAAGAUGAUGAAAGUGAAUUUGUUAAAGAAAAUAGAAAACUUACUUCAAACUCCAAUGAUGAUUCUUUGACAUGUAAGAUUAUAGGUUCUAAAAAUUCUUGUGAAGAAUUUGAGUGUGAAAGUCUUGAGGAACUUCAAGAUUUAAAGGAAACUCACUUUUCAUGUGAUAGAGAAGAAGACUCGGCUAGUUUUGUUGAGCGCGAAUACGAAAAGGAAGAAACAAUGUAUGAAGAAGAGUUGGAUGAAAUGGAUUAUGAGGAAGAUGAAGAUGAUGAGGAUGAAUUUGAGUGGGAGAAUGAUGAGGUAAUGGAACAAAUCAAAUUGGAACUGAAAAAUGCAAGACAAGGAGGACUUGCAACAAUUUUGGAAGAGGAAGAAGAAGAAAGAGAGUACUCUUCAAAAGUAGUUGAAGAGAAAAUAAAGCCAUUGAGUAUUGAAGAGAAGAUGGAAUACAAAGAUCACAUUGUUGAAAUUCAAAAGGUUUACAAUUGCUAUGCACAAAAAAUAAAGAAACUCGAUGUCUUGAAUUUUCAGGCCAUGCAUGCAAUAGGUCUUCUUCAACUAAAGGACCCUCCAAAAUUAUUUUUAAUGCAAAAAUCAACCGUCCAACAAGUCAAGCCUCUAGUAAUCCCUCAGAAUUUGUGGCCACGCAAAGCUCAAAAGAACAAAAUUGACCCAAUGUUGAAGCUUGUUAAUGAAUUGCAUAGGGAUUUGGAAAUUGUUUAUGUUGGCCAAAUUUGUCUCUCUUGGGAAAUCUUAUGUUGGCAACAUGAGAAAAUCAAAGAGUUGAAAAAAUAUGAUUCUCCUCGUCCUCGUAGGUAUAACUUAAUUGCUGGUGAAUUUCAACUUUUUCAAGUCCUUAUGCAACGGUUCUUAGAGGAUGAGCCAUUUCGACAAGACCAUAGGGUUCAAAAUUAUGUCAAGAAUCGGUGUGUCAUUCGCAACUUGCUUCAAGUUCCAAUCAUAAAAGAUGAUAGUACAAAAGAUAAGAAAAAAAUUAAGUGGGGUGAAGAGGAUGGAAUUGCUAGUGAAAGGUUAGAACAAAUAAUUAAGAAAUCCAUGCAAGUGUUUUGGAAGUUUGUGAGAGCAGAUAAAGAUGAUGACAAUGUGUUCCAUAAAGUAUUUCAUCAUCACAAAGAGAAUGAGGUCAAGGACACAGAAAUUUCAGAACUUCUACGGGAUAUCCAAAUCCAAUUAAAUAAGAAGGAGAGAAAACUCAAGGAAAGAUUAAGAAGUGGAAAUUGCAUAGUAAGGAAGUUCCAAAAACACAAUGAGGAUCAAAUUCAACUGGAUCAUGAGCAGUUUCUAGCACAAGUAGGAUUGAGGUUGAUUUCAAAGGUGAUAAACAUGAAAAAGUUGACAAAAGAUCACCUAAUAUGGUGUAAUGAAAAGUUAAACCAAAUCAAUUUUGUUGACAAGAAGAUUCAAGUGGAGUAUUCAUUUUUGCUUUUUCCUUGUUGACUAUCUCUGCUACACCGAUACUUAUGAUCGAAAGCGUGUCCUGAUGUCCGACAUCGAUACGAUACCAACACUAGUGAUUCAUUGAAAUAUGUCAUUUUCUUAAAAUUUUAUUAGUGUCAACAUAUCAGCAUCGCGUCUAGUGUCGGUGUUGUGUAUGUGCUUCAUAGUUGACUACAUUCAGGUUCUUUAGAUAUAGAGAUACAUGUUCAUGCAGAAUAUUACAAAGUUGUAUACAUAAAUUUUGGACUAAUCUUACAUAAUCUCAGUGUGUGUGUUUAUUAUAUGCACAUCAAAACUGACUAAUUGAUAGAA